UUCGUGUAGUAGUGAAAGGCGCGUGUUUAUUCUAGUGUGUAAAAUGUUUGUUAACAUUAUAUUUUGCUUUGUUUUAUUAAAAUUGGAUUUUAUGGAAGCAUUUUUUCUGUUUGCGGAUAAGUCUGAGCCAAUCUUCUUCUGCUACAAAAUAUGCCCUUUGUAUUGUUCGCCGCGUCGACAUGAUCUCGAUGAAUCAUCUCUGAUUUACAUUGAAGAUGAACAACCGCAUCCUUACUUCGAUCACUCUCCAAACGAAUAUCACGCACCACUUCACUUCGGUCAUUAUUUCUUCUGCAAAACCACAACAACGACCCCCAAGCCAACCACGACCACCACCCAGGCGCCGACCACCGAAGAGCCAUCAUGGAUUUGCAUGACCUGUAUGGAUAAAUGUAGAUAUGGUAAAAUUAAGAAAGAAUAAAAGAAAUUUAACUCCUAAA